GGUGUCAUAGCAGUAAACUGAAUUAUUUCUACAAAGUCACGUGAUUUCGGAGAAAAGGAGCGUCUGCCUCUGUUCUGCGCGAGGAAAGCGAAUAGCCUCUGGAUUUUCCAGUCGAAGUGCUAUGCGCUGCUAGAUCCGCUCUCGUGAAGAAUCCGAGGAAAACCAACACAAGCUAUGGCAUCUGGGAGAAUUCGCUCCACCCGCAGACUACGCUCUUGGAUGGUAGACCAGGUCAGCAGUGGGAAGUACCCUGGCCUGAUAUGGGACGAUGACGCCAGGACCAUGUUCCGUAUCCCCUGGAAACACGCUGGGAAACAGGACUUCCGCAGUGAAGAGGAUGGUGCCAUCUUCAAGGCAUGGGCAGUGUUUAAGGGGAAGUUAUCCGAAGGGGGUCGUGUGGACCCUGCCUCCUGGAAGACCCGGCUGCGCUGUGCUCUCAAUAAGAGCCCAGAGUUCAGAGAGGUCCCCGAGAGGUCACAGCUAGACAUCUCCGAACCAUACAAGGUUUACUGCCUUGUACCCAUCAAUGAACAAGCGUUGGGGAGUGUUCAAAUAAAGGGCAGAGCCAGAGCAAGAGGGAGGAAGAGGAGGAGUAGCGAUUCAGACAGCGAGGAGGAGGUGAAGGAGGAGGAGGAGGAGGUUAUGGUCAAACAGACGAAAAAGGAGGUCAUCACCCCCCCGAUCACCAUGUCUGUUCAGGAGAUUGAGGAAAGUGUUCUUACCCUCCAGCAAGACCAGUUCGAUCAGCCCUUGGUCAUCCUGAAGAGUGAUGGGACGGUCGAUGAGAUCCAGGUGAACGUCACGAUUGAGACCGUUCCUCCCCCUGGAGCACGGGACUCGUUCCAUGUCUUAGUGAAAUACAUAGGACAGGAGGUGCUUAAACGUGAGGUCAUAGGCAGCGAUGUCCGAAUCGCCUACCUGCCCUCAUCGCCCAUCCCCCCCACCCUGAUGAUGGGUGGCUUCCCCCGCAUCCCCCUCCCAGACUCCCCCUCCACCCUGACCUCCAGCCCUGGCAUCGGGCCCCGGCUCCAGGCCCUCUCCACCCUGCUGCCCUUCAUGGAGAAAGGGGUGAUCCUGACUUCAACGGGGGCAGGGGUCUAUGCUAAGCGCUACUGCCAGGGCCGGGUGUUCUGGACAGGGCCACAUUCAACCACGACGGGACCCCACAAGAUGAACCGUGCUGUGGAGCCCGUGCUGCUCUUUGACAGAGAGGCUUUCAGAACGGAGCUGGACCACUUCCGCAGUUACGGGGGAGACCCUCCUCAGUGUGGCAUCACCUUGUGUUUCGGAGAGGAGUUCAGUGCCACAGAGGACCCGUCCAGCAAACUCAUCAUCACACAGAUAACCCUACCCUGGGCUCAGCAGCAGGUCAAGGAAGCUGAAGACUUCCGGGAGUCAAUGACCUACCUACGCGACAUAGCCAGCCAAUCAGGAGAUGUCACCAUCAACCUGGUACCAGUGCCUUACCCCUGAGCAUCCAAUCACAGGAUAUAUUGUAUAGUUACGGAAGGGAAAAAAAUGGAAGCACUAUCUGAUCUGAUACCAAGGGCUUGAUUCAAUCCGUAUCGCGGAAAUUCAGUGCUAUAGAGCAAUUUAAAGGCAAUGUUCCCGCAUUCGCGGAGACUGCAUUCACAGUAAACGCUGCAUAUGUCUGCUCAAUCGGAAAUUAGUUUUAAAUUUAAACCGCGCUGAACUUCCGUAAUACGGAUUGAAUCGAGCCCCAAGCCUUCUCAGACAUGAACCACUAGACUGAAUAGCACUACAUGGAAUGGAAGACAUCACUUUGGUUUAGCCUUCAGGAUUGCCCUUUACCAACCCCAACACCUGAUGUUAUACAACUGGUCCAAAUGAGUUCAAACUCACUUUGGCUGCAGUUUUGAAAAAGAUCUGAUGUGAAAAGAUAUGAUGUGAUUGGUCAAAAACAAUAUAUAUUUUACAUUUUACAUUUACAU